UCCUGAGAGGCCUUACUGAGGGAAUAAAAUGUCCGGUCGCAACGUCAACUCUACGUCACGAGGAAACCAGGAAGAGAUAGUCAGUACGUGGCCUUUUCAUCUUGGACCAUAGAAGCAGGAGUCCCGCUUCAUCAUAAAAUGGAACUCGAGGCUAUGACCAGAUACACCAGCCCGGUGAACCCGGCUGUGUUCCCCCACCUCACUGUCGUCCUGCUGGCCAUCGGCAUGUUCUUCACUGCCUGGUUCUUCGUCUAUGAGGUGACAUCAACAAAAUACACGAGGGACGUCUACAAAGAGCUGCUGAUCUCCCUCGUGGCUUCACUGUUCAUGGGCUUUGGCGUGCUAUUCUUACUACUCUGGGUUGGGAUUUAUGUAUGAAGUUUCGGGUGACUGACUUAAAAGAAUGAAACAUUCCAGUGGAAACAAGGACAUCACAACACAACACAAACUGGACUUAAUUGGACUGCACUGACAAUAUUCUGGGAUUAUAUGGACUGAUUUUCUUUUCACAAGUAAAGGGGAUUUGUACAACC